ACAAUAAUAAUAUCGUUUAUUCUAAUUUAAUCUUUGUGAAGGUGGUCCUCUUGCUAAAAUACAUUGCCCUCCAUGUUCUGUUGGGCCCUCUUUGGAUGAUAUUAUUGGCAAACGUUAAUUAUCUGCGAGAUAUUUGUUCGGAGGCGUGUCGUUAGUGUCGAUGAACGCAGAGACAUUUGGGAGACAUUUCUUGCUUUUUCUUAUAUUGGACGAGAUGGCUUCUAUUCGAAGACACAUACCAUAUUCGCAUAAAGCCCCAAUUAGGCAGGGAAUAUACAGCCAGGCAGUGGUGGUGGAUCGCACUAUGUAUAUCUCGGGUCAAAUUGGCAUGGUAGCAGCAUCAGGACAGUUAGUUACUGGAGGAGUGCAGGCCGAAGCCAAACAGGCUCUUAUUAACAUGGGGGAGAUUCUGAAAGCAGCUGGAUGUGGAUAUGAAAAUGUUGUCAAGACAACUGUGCUCUUGGCAGACAUCAAUGACUUCAAUUGUGUCAAUGAUAUUUAUAAGCAAUUUUUCAGCAGGAACUUCCCAGCCAGGGCUGCCUACCAAGUUGCUGCACUACCUCGAGGUGGACUUGUUGAAAUUGAAGCAGUUGCUGUAUUGGGACCAAUUACAGAUGCAUCCUGACUAUCUAAUGUGAGAGAGCACAAAUUGUAACUCAUUCAGUAACCUAAAAUUCAAUUACUGGAUCAGUUUUAGAAAAAAAUAUUUCUUGUGUUGUGAACUAUGAUUGAAAUAUCUCAAUUAUCCUGGUUCAUGUUUAUGGUAAACAACAGUUUUUGAUUUUCAUGUCAUGAAAUGGCUUGAUCACUACAUCCAUUUUGCACAAUGUAAUGCACAUGGUUUAAACUACUAAUUAAAUGUACUUAACUGAAUUGUAA